AUGCAGCUGAGCCUUUUGGGUUCUACGGCCCGGUUAGAGGAGUCGCACAUGCAGACAGCCAAUCCUCCUUUUGAGACUGGAUUUCCUGCUAGAGUCGGCGUGACUUUGGCCACUGGGGGGCGACUCUGGCUCUAUGCACCGCGGUUUGAUCUGGCAAAGCAUUGGUACCGCACCAUCCGUUUGGUGAACCAGAUUCACGAAUCAAAGAAAGGCAAGCUCGCUUUGGAGAUUCCACUUGAGACCAUUGCCAACUAUAUGCAGACGCACUCGAGACGCCGUGCCUGGGAUGUCCUGGUCUCGUACAACAAGAUAUGGUGGGAGAGGCAUGCCUUGCUUGCGCAGUGCUCCCAAGCCUUUGCGAGCCUGACCGUCCUCCGCGGGUGGCAUAAGAUGCUCGAGGUCUAUGGAGCCCGAAGCAAAGCUGCGGCUGAGGAGGAGGCUUCUGGGCUCGUGGUGCAAGCGCAGGCUGUGGCACUGACCAGUGACCAGUAUGAUGGCGAGCAGCUGGCCCUGCGAGAGAAGGCAAUAUCCUGGCUGCAGAGACGAAUUCGUGACCUCAUGCGAUCAGACGGUGGGCUGAGCGCAGCUGCAAAGUCAGCAGGUCGACGGCCGGGGCCGCCUCUUGCUCACGUUCGUCUGCAACGGCGCAUUCCCAUCGUUGUGGCAGCCAUGCUCGCAGACCAAUACCGUGAUUUCAUGGAAGCAACAACUGGAGCGGUGGUGCCCUCGAUGAACCUUCGGGCACCCCGCAAAAGUGCCGAGCUGCGCCGUUCGACGGCGGCCUCGGCGGCCAAAGUGCAGCAGAUGGAGGUCCCAAACAAUGCGUCGCGACGGCAUGCAAUGCUCGAGGCAGUGGCUGGGAUGAACGACACAAGCGAGACUGGCGGAGGGGAAGCCUCAGCGGCGCUUCAAAUGUGCAGUGCCGCUGUUUUGACCGCCAUGCCGCAGCUCCAUGUUCCCAAACCAGGCUGGGGCCACGGAGGCCCCUUGCUUCAAGACGCGGUGCGCUUGAGUGGCGGCGAAAACCUCAUCCUGCAGCGCGUGCUCGCUGCUUCGAGUGCACCAACCUCUGAAAGUGCGCAUGCGUUCAGUUUGAGGAGAUUUUGGUAG